AUCUAAUAUUCUGUCCCUGGUCGCGCGAAUUUUUUGACAGUUACUAAGAUUUAAUAAUUAAGUUUGAUCAUCGUUUUCACGCUUGUAUACAAUACAAAUCUUAUAUAGCAAAUGGUUUACCGUGUUAAACCGUUCUGUAAUGACACAAGCGUCUGGUUUCCGCCGCUCGAAAUAAAUCUAAUGAGCCAACAAUCACGCAGAUAUUAGUGACAAUGCGUGUUCUGCUAAUAAAUGUCACAGUUUAUUUGUGAGAUAUCGUAUGUUACUGUUAAAAUAUGAUCAUUAAUUUGUACGAAUUAUAAUGAAUACUCGCCUUUAGCAAAUCCUAUCGACAAAACUUGUCGGCGAUUUUUUUCUCUGAGGAUGCUGUAGUAGGUAAAGGUUGGCAAGAUCUGUGGAAGAAAAAUCAGGGGAGAAAUUUAGUGCAGCUGCUGCAACAGUAGGUGUUGUGUGACUUGAGUUGGUGUGUGUAUGUGAUGAAUGCUAGUCAUACCGCGGAAAACCAUAACACUGAACUAGUGAAAAAUGUGCAGCAUGAUUCUUUGCGAGAAGAGUCAUUGAGGGAAGCAUCCUGUAUAGGUGACAUAGAAACAGUAGAAUUGCUUCUUAGUAAUGGCACCCUAGAUGUUAACGCACGACAUAAAAUCAACGGCUGGACAGCAUUGCAUUGGGCUGCCAAAAGAGGUCACAAAGAUAUAGUACUUCUCUUGCUCGCAAAUGGAGCUGACAAGAACAUUUUGACAAACAAGGGCGAACUACCGGCAGCUUUAUGUAGUAGCGCAGAAAUUCGUAAACUAUUGGAAACGCCGUCUAAUACUGAUGCCCAAGAUUCUACCCAACAGCUACCAAUAGUACCCAAUUACCUGAAGAACCCAACGCUUAUCACCAUGAAUUCAAGGAAGCCUCCUGCUGCAGACUCCGGGCUUUCAAAUUCGAGUGUGCCAGUGCAUGCAGCUGUUGCUAAGUCUGCCCAGCAUAGUGGUGCAAUCUGUGAUGAAUUGGUGCUCAAAGCUCGUGUUGCAAAUAGUGGUGAACUGGAUUUCAUAGAAAUUGAGCUGCCACACAGUGAGCUAACGUACAACAAACUUUUACGUGUGUGCUGUGAUGAAUUGGGUGUGAAUGCUACCCAAGUGUUGAGGUUACGUAAGCUUCCAGACACAGUUCUCCGUAAGGAUAAAGACAUACGGAGAUUGAAAGACUUUCAAGAAAUAGAAGUUGUAGUUGCACCACCACCAGGAAGAAAGCUAGUUCCAGGUAGCAAUGGUUUUAUUAAUGUGCCAGCAGCACUCGGCACAAACAUAAAUGGUUACCAAUCCAUUUCUCUCCAUAAGAAUCAGACCAUUCUCUAUUGAACCUUAUUUAAUAUUUUAUUUUGUCCUGGGUUUCUUAGCAUAUUGUAAGAGCUAGAAAUUAAUUUAAUUGAAAUAUUUCCUUAUUUAUCUGCUUGCCAAAUAUGUUUGUGGGCCUAACAUGUAGCACUUUUGGUUUUAUUUUGUAUGUGUUUUCAUCAUGUAGUCUCCAACAGUUUAUUUUGUGUCUGUAAAGUAAGAUGAAUAAGAAGAUGAGGAGAAAAAUAAUAGUGACAGUAACACGAAUAUAUUGUGAUUUGUAAUAUUUACUAAAUAUCAGUGGUUUUAAAUGUUGUAAGAAAUAGAUGUAGAAAGCUUGAA